AUGACCACUACAUCCCAACCCAUCGUGUUCCAGUCUCCUAAUCACCCUAAUUUCCACAUGGUAUCUAGUUCAUUCACUGGUGACAACAGUGCGAUGCCUUACUUUCUAGGCUUUCCAAUAUCAUGGAUAGUUGGCUCAUUUGGAAGCCGCUUCUACUCUACUAGUAAUUGUUCCCCUGGUCAACUUCUCGGACCACUGCUGGAUCCUAACGAAUUCAAGUGUGCCACGUUGUCGUCAUCUAUUGGCAGUGACCGCGGUUCAAUUCCGAACACUCUCGGUGCCUUCAGCAAGGACGACGAAUUGUAUCGCAACUACACAUGUUGUGGUAUGCAGUCAGAUGACCUAUAUGCUUUGCUACAGCAUUUCAAAGAGGUCCACCGUGACGUUGUCAUCCUGGACCCGUUCGGUCACCCUCAGUUCCCAGUUGUCCCUCCUUUGCCUCGGUCUAUUUGUAACACAACUGCGUCUUACUUCUCAGACCAUCAUCAACACCCUUCGUCUUACAAUCAAGGUGGCUUCGCCCCGGAUGGCAUGGGACUUGAUGUCGAUCAGGGUAGUACACCUUUGUCAAAUGUACCAACACCCCCUGACACCCCCCUCGCUGCCCCACUGUCGUCACAUCCUAGUCAUUCGUUUAACCACUUUGAUCAGUCGAAUCCUGCCUCUCCGCAUAUUCCUAUGUCGGGAUUUGAUAUGACAACUGUGCUCCCUUCCCGCUCUGCUCACGGUUCAGCAAAGUUCCCACCGUCUCGAAACGGUCUCCCAAGUAUGGUAAAAGCCCCUGAUGUGUUUGAUGGUUAUGCGGGCUCCAACUGCUCAUCCUUAAUGCUUGGCGCUGUUCCUUCCCCACCUGCCAGCGAUAAUCUUCAUGCACCUGUCACACCUGUCAGUGAACUGGGUAGUCCCUACAGCUGCCUUCCCCCUGCGGCAGUAUUCUCCACAAGAAACACUCCUGCCAACACCCCUUCAGCCUCUCAUGUUCCGUCUUCGGCAAGCACCUUGCGCCACUCUGCACCCUCCACGGCUACGCCAUGUUCAUCAGGUUCCCCUGUUUCUUUCGAAGCUUUCUCAUCACAGCCACCCAAUCAGCAUGCCAGUACCAUGCUCUCUCGCCCUGCAUCGUCAUUGCUAUUAUCGAAACCCUUCCGCUGCCCUAAGCCUCAUUGCAACAAAAUGUACAAACAAGCCAAUGGGCUCAAAUAUCACAUGACUCGCGGCAGCUGUAACUUUGGGCCGCCUAAGGAUCUCGAGCAAGUACAGGCACUACUGGCUAGCAAGCAGUCUGCCCGUGAGGCUGCUGGGCAGGAAGAUCAGGGUAUCACCGAGGAUGAGAUGCGAGAAGUAGAAUGGGAAGUAGAAUGCAGGCUUAGGCCCUUUGCUUGUGGUGUCAGUGAUUGUCCGCGCCGAUACAAGAACGUGAGUGGUUUGCGGUAUCACUACCAGCACUCAGGUGACCACAGUGCAAUUGACUUAGCCCUCCUGGCCAGUGGGCAAGAUUUAAAGGGCAUUUUUGUAAAUAGAUUAGAGUCUUUUAGUGCUUAG